UGCAAUUAAUGAAUGCACCACGGUCCACGCUUACAACUUGUAAUUAUUAUCACCUCUCUUCUCUCAGUCUCACCAGUCUGCUGCUCUGCUUCUUCCAAAGAAGGUCAAAAUUUUCAAACAACAAAGCCAUUUUGGAACAAUGGGGUGAAUAAAUCAAUUAAAUAAUGGCUUCUUGUUUUGAUCAGAUGGUUUUGUUUUCUCUAUGUGGAAUCCUCAAUAUGUUUGACCAAGUUUUAAAGAUAUACAUUGAGGUGUAAAGUGGCCUGUGGUGUGAUUGGUGGGAAUCUUUGGCGUGAUCGUCUCUGUCUUAGUUGACCGUUCCGACGACUACAUAUAGUUUGACGUGAGAUCACUUCUGGAUCAGGGAGGAUCAUCGUGCUUUUUAACUUGACCGGAUGUUUUCUUUGUGUAGCUGGUGAAAUGGGGUGUUGUGUUUCCACUAGUAGUCGGAGUACUUGCAGUUCCGGAAGCCAUGGAGAGGCACAAAUUGGAUUUGUUGGGACGAAGAGGACGAGUAGAACGAUAUCGGAUAAUGUCAUUACACUGCAGAAUUUACCGUCAGUUCCCAACAGGAUUUACGCCAAUGGAAAGAGCCGAACUUCUUGCAUAUUCACUCAGCAAGGUCGAAAGGGAAUAAACCAGGAUGCCAUGAUUGUGUGGGAAGAUUUCAUGUCUGAUGAUGUGACCUUUUGUGGUGUAUUUGAUGGUCAUGGUCCACAAGGUCAUCUCGUUGCUCACAAAGUGCGGGAUGCCCUGCCCCUUAAGUUGCUGUCCUCCAUGCAUUCAUAUCAGUCGGGGCAACACGAAUCCAGAGGAUCAUGUUUCAAGGGGAACUCGAACGGUAAAGAUUCCGACGAGGAUAUCUUUGCCGAGGACAGAUUAAAGUUUUUGUGGAGGGAAGCAUUCAUGAAGUCAUACAAGGCCAUGGAUAAAGAGUUGAGGUCCCAUCCUAAUUUGGACUGCUUCUGUAGUGGUAGCACUGCCGUCACUAUAGUCAAACAGGGCCCCAGCCUGUUCAUGGGAUAUAUCGGAGAUUCUCGAGCAAUCAUGGGAUCGAAGAACAACAAUGGUUCGAUGGUCUCAAUCCAAUUGACUGUCGAUCUGAAGCCUGAUUUACCAAGGGAAGCCGAAAGGAUUAAAAAAUGCAAAGGUCGGGUCUUUGCAAUGCAAGAUGAACCUGAAGUACAUAGAGUGUGGCUACCAUUUGAUGAUGCACCAGGGCUAGCAAUGGCUCGAGCUUUCGGGGAUUUUUGUUUGAAGGAAUAUGGCGUUAUCUCUAUACCUGAAUUUUCUCACCGGCUCCUCACCGAUAGCGAUCAAUUCAUCGUUCUUGCUUCAGAUGGGGUUUGGGAUGUAUUGAGCAACGAAGAGGUGGUCGAGAUUGUAUCCUCGGCUCCAACCCGGUCGUCAGCAGCCAGGGCUUUGGUCGACUCAGCUGCACGCCAAUGGACACUAAAGUAUCCUACUUCAAAAAUGGAUGAUUGUACUGCUGUUUGCUUAUUUUUGGAUGGGAAAAUGGAUUCGGAAUCUGAUAACAAGGAACAAGGGUUUUCUUCUGCAACUCUUCAAAGUAAUCAUUCCGGUAAUGCAUUUGAAUCCGAUGAUGGUUAUGGGAAACUGGUGCCAGCAGAGUUUGAAGGAAAUGUAGGUGCGGUUUCGACAGAAGAUCAAAAGUGGUCAGGUUUGGAAGGCGUGACCCGAGUGAACUCACUUGUCCAGCUUCCCAGAUUCUCCGAGGAAAGAUCAAACCUUUGAAUUUCGCAUCAACGAAACUGGGCUGAUUUUGCUGUAUUAUCCAAGGAAAAGAAUAUCCUUGUGAAUUGGUGGCCAAUAUGUUCAUGUUGUGCUGUACCUUUCUGGUAAAUUAAUCAAACUUCUCAAAAU